GAGUCACAUAGAGAUGGUGAAGAGAUUCAAAGUGUGGACUUACAGAGAAGGAGAACCACCAUUCUUCCAUGAAUGGCCCAUGAAAGACAUUUACGGGAUUGAGGGACAGUUGAUGUCCGAACUAGAAAAUGAUUCAAGCCCAUUCUGGGCCCAUAGGCCAGAGGAGGCCCACGCGUUCAUGAUGCCCGUAAGCGUGGCUCAGAUCGUACAUUACCUUUACCGUCCUCUGGUAAGCUACUCUCGCGGCCCACUGAUGAGAGUGGUCAUUGAUUACACCCAAACCAUAGUCCGCAAACACCCUUACUGGAAUCGGACCAACGGCGCUGACCAUUUCAUAGCCUCUUGCCAUGACUGGGCACCAGAAAUCUCAAGAAAGAAAUUAGGGAGAAAGUUAUUCAAGAACAUAAUAAGAGUUCUAUGCAAUGCUAACAACUCAGAAGAAUUCAAUCCCAGCAAAGAUGUCUCAAUUCCCGAAAUCAAAGUGCCUUACCACCUUUCCCAACUGCACCCAAUAAACAACCACCACAAAACAAUACUCGCUUUUUUCGCCGGAGGGUCUCACGGUAGCAUAAGGAAGCGGCUCCUAGAUCACUGGAAGGACAAAGACAAAGAGGUCCAAGUCCACGAGUACCUUCCACGUGGCGCUGACUACAACGCUCUCAUGGGACAGAGCAUGUUCUGUCUCUGUCCGAGUGGCUACGAAGUUGCAAGUCCUAGAAUCGUGGAGUCCAUUAACGCAGGGUGUGUUCCUGUGAUUGUUUCGGAUUACUAUGAGCUUCCGUUCAGUGAUGUUCUUGAUUGGAGCAAGUUCUCGCUGCAUGUUCCAUCGGAGAAGAUACCUGAGAUGAAGAACAUAUUGAAAGGUGUGUCGUACAACAAGUACUCCAAGAUGCAAAGGAGGGUGUUACAAGUGCAGAGACAUUUUCAGUUGAAUCGACCGGCUAAGCCGUUCGAUGUGUUGCAUAUGAUUCUUCACUCUAUAUGGCUCAGAAGGCUCAACAUCAGGCUAUUCAAUUGAGAUGAACAUUGUGUACACUGUAUACUUCACCUUAG